CUUAUUUCUGGGCUGCUUCCUCUUUUCUUUUUUUUGUAUUUUCUGCUUUACUCUUUGCUAACUCAUCUGCUUCUUUUAAAGCAUUUAGAGAAUCUUCAUUAUUUGAAGAAGAUGGUGUAGAAAAAGAUGAUGUAGAAGAAGACAGUAUAGAAAAAGAUGGUGUAGAUGAAGAUGGUGUAGAAAAAGAUAGUGUGGAAGAAGACAAUGUAGAAAAAAACGAUGUAGAAGAAUUAUUAUUUUGUUGA